AUGGAAAACUUUGAAAUCCCUUCAGAAUCUCUUCAAGCCUCCAGAUCAACGGCGUACUGGGAAUACUAUAACGCCAGAAUCAACGAUUCAGUAAGUGGCUGGUGUGUCGGUAAAGUUAGCGAUCAGGAAUGGCUUCAGAUUCAGUUUAAUGGCAAUCAUUACAUCACUGCUGUGGCGAAUCAAGGCACCCACAGAGGCUUUGUGAUUGAAUUCACUUUGGCUUUCAGCAGAGGACUGGAUUGGUUCGACUACCACGAGAACGGCACUAUCAAGAAAUUUAUCCGCAAUAAUACAGCUGACAGAAGGGAAAUUGUGAUGAAUAAUCUCUCCUCUCCAAUUAUUGCAAAUAUGAUUCGAAUUUACCCCAAGCGGUCUAUUGAUGACACUUGUUUACGCCUCGAAAUAUAUGGAUGCCAAGGUUCUUUGUAA